GUCCAAGACCCCCAAGCCAAGGACACGGUCGGAGUGGCUGACCUCAUGGUUGGCGACGCGUGCAGCAUCUGAGCGAUGCCUGACAGCAUCCCACAGGCCCCCAGCCAUGCCGCCAUAGCGGAGGUCCUCGCCAACGCCACCGCCAGCCUCUCCUUUCACCAGACCAGCCAAAAUGGAGUUGGCGAUGCCAGCCCCGAGUCAGUCCUCGGGCCGCAGUACCAUAGCCAAGUCCGCAUCACCGUCAUCAUCAUUAUGAUCGCAUUCUCGGUCACGGGCAACAGUGUCGUCUGCUGGCGCCUAUUGCGCAACCACCGUCGGCGUCGCUACCAGAAGGCCCACGUCCUCUUCCUGAACCUCGCUGUGGCCGACCUUCUGGUCACCACAGUGACGAUGACUUCGCAGACGGUCUGGGAGGUCAUGGGUCGAGUCUGGAUCGCCGGCGACGCCUUCUGUCGUGUCUUCAAGGUCCUGCAGACGUUCGCGCUCGCCUCCUCCACCUACAUGAUUGUGAGCAUAGCGUUGGACAGGCACUUCGCCAUCGUGUACCCCCUCGCCCGGUGCCCUGCGCCGUGGCGCCUGGCGGCGGCCGCCUGGAUCGCAUCGCUGAUCCCAUCCCUGCCCAACCUGUACGUGUUUCGGGUGGUCGAGACCGCCACGGGCGUUCGAUACUGCGCAUCACUGUUCUAUGCGCGUAAGACUGCCUCGACACUGCCGCGACAACUGUACAUGACAUUCGUGUUCGUGGCCGUGUUUGUGCUCCCUCUCGUGCUCCUGGUUGGCCUAUAUGGCCGCAUCCUCGUGGAGAUCUGGCACCAGAGCUUGGCCUUCAGGAAGCGACAUCAGACGGCUUCGUCCUUGCCAAAGGCAAAGGUAAAGACCGUCAGGUUGACUGCGGCAGUCUUCGCCGCGUUUCUGGUGACCAACGUUCCCUACAUGGUCCAGGAGAUGGUGUUGGCCUUCGGAGGUGCGGACGUCUCUCUAGACCGAAACCUGGUGGCUCUCUUCGGAGUUAUCUCUGCCUCGAACAGCGCCAUCAACCCGUACAUCUUCCUGUGCUUUCAGAAGAGCAACGCAAAACGGAAGCGUUUCGCGAUAGCUUUCCGUAGAGACGUCGUCGCUGAGAGCGAACUCGUGAACGGCCGCUCUAGUUUCGGCGGUACCAAGAAUUACGUGACUUCAAUCAGGAAUCACUCGACCGUGUUUACUCUGUCCACAAAGGAGACGAAUGGAAAUAUGUCCCCAGAGUUGCGCACCGACUUCAGCGCUUUAUGACAGAGGAGGAUCUUGUCAUGCUUUCUACGGAUGGCAGUCUUCGUCCGGGCAUUGGGGACCUCGCGAACUAACGGCGUCACUGCUCCUGUGCCACCCAACGACUGUCUGUGACCAUUUGUGAUACACUCUGUGACGCUUGGUGACGUUCCGGAACUGUACGUUUUUUUUAUUAUUAUUAUGUGUCUGCUCCGUAAGACAACGGUACUUUCCAGCUCCUUGUGAAGCUCCGGCAAAAGUUCAGUGCAAGGCAAAGCCGGGUGCCCCUGGAAAGUAUCAAUGAACAAAAUCUUGAAGGAAUAAAAUAUCAUGUAUU